AUGAUUACCUUUAAUGUGAGCAGUUACAACCCAGGGCCCUUCCUUUUGGUGGAUAUCCCAGGUUUGGAACAAUUCCAUGUGUGGAUCGGCAUUCCCUUCUGUGUGAUCUACAUUAUAGCUGUGAUGGGAAACUGUGUACUUCUCUACCUCAUCAUGCAGGAAAGGAGUCUUCAUGAACCCAUGUUUUUUUUUUCUUUUUUUUUUCUGUCUGUGCUGGCAAUGACUGAUCUCAUCUUGUCCACAGCUGGUGUGCCUAAAACACUCAGUAUCUUUUGGAUGGGGGCUCGAGAAAUCACCUUCCCAGGCUGCCUGACACAAAUGUUCUUCCUCCACUACUGCUUUGUCCUAGACUCAGCCAUUCUAAUGUCAAUGGCAUUUGAUCGCUAUGUGGCCAUCUGCUUUCCCUUGAGAUAUGCUACCAUCUUGACUCCCAAGACUAUUAUCAAGAUUGUUGUGGGCAUCUCCUUUCAGAGCUUCUGCAUCAUCUUGCCAGAUGUGUUCUUGUUGACACGCUUACCUUUCUGAAGGACACGCAUCAUACCGCACACAUACUGUGAGCACAUAGGUGUUGCUCGGCUGGCAUGUGCAGAUAUCUCCAUCAAUAUCUGGUAUGGAUUUUGUGUUCCCACCAUGACAGUCAUCUCAGAUGUUGUUCUCAUUGCCCUCUCCUACACCCUCAUCCUAUGUACUGUGUUUCACCUCCCUUCCAGAGAUGCACGCCAGAAGGCUUUGGGCACCUGUGGUUCCCAUGUCUGUGUCAUCCUCAUGUUUUACACACCUGCCUUUUUCUCCAUCCUUGCUCAUCGCUUUGGACACAAUGACUCCCUCACAUUCCACAUCAUGUUUGCCAAUCUCUACAUUGUUAUUCCACCAGCAAUGGAUCCCAUUGUCUACGGAGUGAAAACCAAGCAGAUCAGAGAAAAGGCCAUUCUUUUAUUUUCUGCCAAGAGAACAGAAGAUUGA